ACAUUUUUGAAAUUAAGAGUAAAUUUUGGCUACAUUCGAUGAAUUAUUUAUAGAACAGUGAUUGUGAUUUGUGAAAAAGACAGACAGUUAAAUUCUGUUGGCCAUGAAGUUCCGGCACGCCAUGGUGUGUUCGUUGAACCAGAACCGGAGCAUGGAGGCUCACUCACUCCUCAAGCGACAAGGCUUCUACGUCGCUUCGUACGGCACCAGAGCCCAUGUCAAGCUCCUUGGUCCCUCCCUCAGAGGACCCAACAUCUACGACUUUGGCACUCCUUACAAGCAGAUGUUCGACGAUCUCCGGCGAAAAGACCCCGAACUGUACAAGCGUAAUGGUAUCUUGCCUAUGCUUAAAAGAAACUCGGGAGUCAAACUGGCACCUCAGCGGUGGCAGGACAAUGCUGCCGACAGUUCCUUUGAUGUGGUGGUAACAUUCGAAGAAAAGUUUUUGACAUGGCUGUUGAAGGUUGAUCUCAACAACCGGGACCAUGUUCUUAGGAAGUGUGUACUGAUAAUCAACUUGGAGGUAAAAGAUAACCACGAGGAGGCGGCUGUAGGAGCUCGUCUUGCUUUCGAUCUUUGCCAGGAGAUUGAAGCAGCUGAAUCGUGGGAGGAAGCAAUUGAUGACAUUGUGUCCGGUUUUGAGAAGCAGCAACGGCAGAAGUUAAUGUAUAGCAUCUCAUUUUAUUGAAACUGCACUAAAAGUAUGUUAGGGAGAUUUCCAUCAACGAAGUCCAAUUGUUGGUGAUAACUUGGAUUGAUCGUAUUCUGGGCCGGAGCCAUGAACCUGUGACGAGGCCAUGAACCUGUGACGAUCUCUCCAAACAAGCGCAGGCGUAUCGACAUGAUGAGAGGACCAAGGCUAGAUGAUCGUGUCAUUCUUUCUUACGUGAUUAACCACCAACUGUUCUCCCUUACAUUAGCGUCGAUAAGAAGGUAGUUAUACUAAUAUGGAGUACAAUGAUUGAGAAAAAAGAAAAUGAAAGACUCGUGCUAUUGUGAGAAGUACCGUACGGCUACUAGUGACGUGUCGACCAACUAAAAGAGUAGUAACUCAAUGUAUAAACUUAGUGUUCGUUUGAAUGUGCUUUUAAAAUGACUGAAAACGCUUUUACAGAAAAUGUUUUUGAGUUCCAAAAGCAUUCGAAGUGUUUUCGGCAA